AUGGCUGACAACGCGACCUGCAAUACCGUCGAUGAGGCACCUCUCCUCCUGAUGAUAGAUCGAACGCUUUUGUUGGGCCCCCUCAUUGGAGGCGGGGCCUGGGGCGUCCUGAUAGCGGUCUCCUUCCUCACAGUGCGGGCCCUCUUUACCUGCAUGUCUUCGGGGUCACGGGCUAGUCGCAACUACAAUGGAUCCCUGCUAGCGUUCGUCGGACUCGUCUUCGCCUGUGGGACCAUCAACUACGCCACAAACGCAGAGCUCAGUGUACGCAUGUUUGUCGAGAACCGACUAUACGCUGGAGGCCCGUCUGCAUUCAUCGUCGCAAAUUAUGGCGAUCCCUUCGUCGUGUUGGGCAACGCCAGCUACAUUGCCGCUAGUGCUUUGGCCGACGUUCUCUUGGUAUGGCUCGUCAUUCUUCUGUUCUCGACGAUGCGCGCUAAGGCCCAACAGCUCUAUCGCUGCUACAUUGUGUGGACCAAGCGAUGGGGGAUCAUCAUCGUUCCGGCUUGCGUCUACCUCGCGUCGAUAAGCAUGUCGAUAUUACUCCUCUACCAGGUUAGUCAACCGGCGCAGAGUCUGUGGCGGCAAGUCAACUUUGGCCUCGCGUACUUCUCGCUUUCACUUGCGGUGAACGUCCUACUGACGCUCCUCAUCGCCGGCCGCCUGCUUGCGAUGAGCAAGCGAGUCAAGGCGACGCUAGGCCCGCAGCACGCGCAUAUGUAUACCAGCAUCGCCGCAUUGGUCGUCGAGAGCGCCAGCCCAUACGCCCUGACGAAUCUCGUCUUCAUCAUCACGUACGGCAUGGGCAGCCCCGUUUCCUACACGCUGCUGCCCAUCCUGUCGCAGGUCAUGUGCACGAGCGCGGUGCUUAUCAUCCUCCGCGUUGCUAGUGGUCGGGCGUGGAGCGCACAGACGACAGAUCUGGCGUUCAACGAGCCCGCUCGUGUGGGGGACGAUAUACCGGGCAAGGGGGGAUCCCGUACUAUGAUCGUCUCGAGCAUCCACUUUAAAGGGUCAGGCUCACGUUGCGGCGGGGACGCAACCUCGGAAAUUCAACUUGCAGAGGUGUGA